AUGCCUUUACCCCAUUUGAAAAAAAGAGUUCUUGAGAAAAUAGCCCUCCUUGCUGUAGAAGAAGUUCGCUGGGCUUUCAAUGUCGAAAAUGAUCUGGAAGAGCUUCAGGACACCAUGACCCGCAUCAAAGCUGUUCUUUUGGAUGCUGAGCGGCAACAGCACCAGAAUGAAGCGUUGCGCCUUUCCAUUUGUAAGCUUAGAGACCUCUUUUACGAUGCUGAAGAUGUGAUUGAUGAGAUCGAGUGUGAAGCUCUGCGAAAAGAGGUCGUGAAUUAUCCAAGCACCAGCAUAAAGGUACGAUGUUUGCCUUCAUGCUUUGUUCCUCUAGCAUUCUCUUCAAAAAUGGGUCAUAAAAUCAAAGAGAUCAAUAAAAGGAUAGACAAAAUUGCUACUGAGUGGGACAGAUUUAAUUUAGGACAGCAAGUUGACAACCGACGUGUUAUUCACAGGGAGACUCACUCUUUUGUGAAUGCUUCGGAUGUCAUUGGUCGAGAUGAAGAUAGAGAAAACAUUAUAAAUCUUUUAAAGGAACCAAGUGAUGAGAGUGGAAACAUCCCUGUCAUUCCCAUAGUUGGAAUUGGGGGUCUAGGGAAGACCACACUUGCUCAAUUCGUAUACAAUGAUGAACGGGUUAUUAAGCUUUUCUCAUUGAGAAUAUGGGUCUGUGUGUCAGAGGAGUUUGAUCUUCGUAGAUUGCUCCAGGAGAUGAUUUAUUCUAUAAGUAAAAAAAAGUGUGAUGAUACAAAAAUUGACAUCUUACAAACCCAAUUGCGAAGUCUUGUGAAUGAUGAGAACUUUUUGUUGGUUUUAGAUGAUGUGUGGAACGAAGACCGUGUCAAAUGGAUUGAGUUCAAAAAUUUAUUGAUGUCAAUGGGUAACUUAUCUCGAAAUAAAAUGAUCGUGACUACUCGUACUUUAAAGGUUGCCUCAAUAAUGAGUGCGUGUGAUCCUUAUGUAUUAAAAGGUGUUGAGUUUUAG